GCCAUUAAAAAUAACAAGAAGAAGAAGAACCCAAAACAUGUUGUUAGCUGCCAUUUGUGCAGGUUCCCCAUAGUUAUUAACUGAAACUAUGAGCGAAAUAAACGUAGCGGUGUUUAAAAAGACUAUGGAGAAUUAGGUGUCUCGUUUAAAAUGGCGCUUGCGGCGUUACAAAGCAUGAGUGUGGUUUAUCGGAGGAUUCUGUCCCAGUUUCCACAAGACAUUAGCUUAGCUUUUGCUUAUGGAUCUGGAGUGUUUACACAGGCUGGGACCAGUCAAGGUCAGAUGCGGAGCAACAUGCUGGACUUUGUGUUUGCUGUGGAUGACCCCAUCACAUGGCACACCAUGAACUUAAUCGAAAACAGGAAACACUACUCUUUUCUAAAAUAUCUUGGUCCAAAACACAUCAGCAGCAUUCAGAAUGAGUAUGGAGCCGGCGUGUACUACAACACCCUGGUGCCCUUGGAGGACAGGGUUACUGAUCAAGUACGGUGUCGUCAGCACGGAUACCCUGAUAGACGACUUGCUUCACUGGAAAACCAUGUACAUAGCAGGCAGACUGCACAAACCUGUGCGAAUCCUGGUGCAGAAGGAGAACGCGAAGCUGCGGGCCGCGCUGGUGGCGAAUCUGAAGAGUGCACUGAUCACCUCCUUCCUCAUGCUUCCAGAGAGUUUCUCAGAGGAGGAGCUGUUCCUCAACAUCGCUGGACUCUCCUACUCCGGAUGGUGAUCGGCGAAGAUAAAUCCAAAGUUUCCAACAUCGUGAAGGACAACAUGGAGCACUUCCGGAUUUUGUAUAAUAAUAUCCUCCAAGAAUGUCCACAGGUGGUUUACAAGCCUCAGCAGGGGAAGCUGGAGGUGGAUAAGAGUCCAGAGGGCCAGUUUACUCAGCUGAUGGCUCUGCCUCACACUCUACAGCAGCAGAUCACACGGCUGGUGGAUCCUCCGGGCAAGAACCGUGACGUGGAGGAGAUCCUGCUGCAGCUCGCUCAUGACCCUGACUGCAGCCUGCUCGUACAGCAAGGUAUCUCAACAAUAGUGAAAACCUCCAGUAUAACACAAAGUGCCAAAGGAAUUGCUACAGCAGGACUGGUGAAAACGGUGUCAUAUAGUGCGAAAAAGCUGCGGAAGAUGCUCAAAGGCUGGAGGAGGAAGGCACGGUGAUUUCUUAGACUUUGUAGUUGGCCGUUACUGUUUGUGAUCUGUAUGAAUUUUUGAUAUUUCACCACAUGAUCAUGUCUAAAUGUAAUAUUAGAUUACUGAACAGGACUGAGGUUUAUUUAUGUUGAGCUGUGCUUUGUGUGUCGAUUUCCAUAAUAAAUGCAUUUAAAAGUU